AUGGUUCCAUGUCUCGAACCACGACCGCUCUGUAUCCUCCGCCGACAGCCCUCUACCAUCCUGGAGCAGGUGCAAGGCACCAGCUGGUCUUUCCCCGUUGACCCGAAUCUCAACCUUCAUAUUAUCCGAAGUGCGACGCUCGCAUUCACAAUGUUCACCAAGGACGCUUCGAGCAAUGACAAGGAACUUCCUCGGUCCUCAUUGAGGAACAAAGUGUCGGCAUUUGGAGCUGCGAUAAAGCCGAAGCGCAAUGGCAGCUCUCGACUGAUUGCGCCGUCGGCUCCCCAAUCGGAAUGUAGCACCCUGGUGGAGUUUGCCAUUGAAGAUGUCUUCAUCAAGGAAGAUGCCGCCUUAGAAUUCGAGACCGAAGACUACAUGCUCGACGCCGAUAACACGGCAUGGGCAAAUGGCAAAUUCUCCGUAUCCUCCUUCCCCCAAAGGCAAAAGGCCGCUCGCGCCAACCAUUCCGCUCUGACCCCGCUACCAGAGUUCCUUGACGCUGAGAAUACUGCAUGGGGCACAGCACGCCCUACCGUCUCUCAACCCAUAGCGAAAUCGCGGGGCCGGUUCCUCUCCUCCAGCCGUCCAGUACUAGGAACAUCAGGAGUGGAGCCGGAAUACCUUGAUCCCGACGACAGGGCAUGGAUGUGA